AGGGAAGCUUUAUCUGCUUUAUGCUGCUGAAAAUCUCCAGAUUCCUGAAUGUCUGGAUGCUAUUCCUCUCAGUUUGGAGGUUAGAGACCCACCAGAGGAAGUUCUGGACACUUUCUGAAAAUCUCAGCAACUUGCCUUUUUUCAGGUGCCUGAAACUUGCCUUCGCACAGCUCAUCAGAACCUCAUCGGAGGAGACAGAACCUCUCCUGCAGAAACCUUGGAUCAGAUCCGGCUCCGUUCCUCUGGGACUGUUAAACUACAACUGAACUUAUAGAGGAAUCACUUGAAGAAUGAAAACUAAUUUUAUGGCUUUUACGAGUAUUUACAGCCUUUGACGUUUCCUCAGACCUUUGUAGGAUCCCCGUUUGGCUGCAGGUGUUUCGUCUGUCCAAGUCUCGCUGAUGUCAGAAGAGGAGCUGGGACCCACCAACAGGUGACACCCUUCCCAUGAUGCCCUGCAGCUUUGAGGGAUCACCAUGGGAGAUGAGUCUUACCCAGAAUGCCAAGCUCAGGAGCUGUUCGAUGAGUUUGUGUCAGCAUCGACCUGCAGGGCGGCGCUGCGCUGCUUCAGCCAGCUGUGCGAACAUCUGCAGCUGGAUCACAGCACCACCGAAAAGCCUCUCUACCAACCGAUCAAACGGCGGCUCAACUACUGGAAGGCCAAUGCUCUGUGGGCCAAACUGGACCGGAGGGCGGCACAGCAGGAGUACCAGAGGGGCCGGGUCUGCAGAAACAUGACUUGUGUGAUCAUCGGGGCGGGGCCUUGUGGUCUCAGGACAGCGGUGGAGCUCUGCUUCAUGGGAGCCCGAGUGGUAGUCCUGGAGAAAAGGGAGUCGUUCUCCAGAAACAACGUGCUCCACCUUUGGCCCUUCACCAUCUACGACCUGAGGGGUCUCGGGGCCAAAAAGUUCUACGGAAAGUUCUGUGCAGGCUCCAUCGACCACAUCAGUAUCCGCCAGCUGCAGCUCGUUCUGCUGAAGGUGGCCUUGCUCCUGGGGGCCGAAGUUCAUGUCAAUGUUGAGUUCAAGCAGCUGGUGGAGCCACCAGAGGACCAGCAUAGAAACGAGGAGGGCUGGAGGAUGGAGGUGAGUCCAAAGUCCCACCCAGUCAGUCAGAUGGAGUUUGACGUCAUCAUUGGAGCAGAUGGACGCAGGAACACGCUGCCAGGUUUCAGGCGUAAGGAGUUCAGGGGGAAACUGGCCAUCGCCAUCACAGCCAACUUCAAAAACAGAAACACCUCAGCUGAGGCCAAAGUGGAAGAGAUCAGCGGAGUGGCUUUCAUCUUCAACCAGAGGUUCUUUCAGGAGCUGCGGCAAGAAACUGGUAUUGACCUGGAGAACAUCGUCUACUACAAGGACGACACUCACUACUUUGUCAUGACAGCAAAGAAACAGAGUCUCUUGGACAAAGGAGUCAUUGUACAGGACUUUCCAGACACAGAGCAGCUCCUCUCUCGAGGGAAUGUGGACCAGGAUGCUUUGCAGGCAUACGCCCGUGAGGCCGCAGACUUCUCCACCAAUCACCAGCUGCCAAUCCUGGACUUCGCCAUGAACCACUACGGUCAGCCGGACGUCGCCAUGUUUGACUUUACCUGCAUGUACGCUUCAGAAAACGCUGCCUUGAUUCGCCAGCGCCACGGACACCAGCUGCUGGUCACGUUGGUUGGAGACAGUCUGCUAGAGCCCUUUUGGCCGAUGGGGACAGGUGUGGCCCGGGGGUUUCUAGCAGCUCUGGAUUCAGCCUGGAUGAUCAGAAGUUGGGCUCAGGGUGGAGCACCACUAGAUGUCCUGGCUGAGAGGGAGAGUCUGUACCGUCUGCUGCCUCAGACGACUCCAGAGAACAUGCAGAAGAGCAUCAGUAUGUUCACCGUAGAUCCAGUGACAAGAUACGUGAGCAUCAGCCCUCUGACUGUCAUACCUGCUCAGGUGAGACACCUGGUAGACACAGGUAAAGAGGCGGGGCUAAACACAAGUGAGAGUGAUAUUAUCCGGCUGCCUUCCCCCAGACUUUCAAGACAAGAGUCCUUCUCUGAGUCCAAUCAGCUGCUGACUUGGUGUCAGCAGCAGACUCAUGGUUACAGAGGUGUCGCUGUUUGUGACCUGACUACUUCCUGGAAGAGUGGCCUUGCCCUUUGUGCUCUUAUCCACCGAUGCCGACCAGAUCUGAUAGACUACGACUCUCUGGACGAGUCGGCAGUGGAGGAAAACAUCCACCUCGCAUUUGACGUGGCUGAGCAAGAGUUUGGGAUUUCACCUCUGAUGACGGUGGAAGAGAUGUCGUCUGUUGGAGAACCAGACUCUCUUUCUAUGGUGAUGUACCUGAGUCAGUUCUACCAGCUGCAAAAAGAGUCACCGCACCCUGCUGGCUCCCUGAGUCAGAAUGCUGAUCUGAGAGCAGCUCUCUUCACUCCAGCCUCCCUCCUCAGCAGACUGGGAACCAGUCCGUCCAGGAAGAGAAACCCAAAGGAGCAUGGAGACGCUCUGGGCAAAAGGAGAAGGACGAGUCCAGAGAGCGGAGAGCUGCAGGAGUCACGUGACUUUAAUGGCGACUUUGAAGAGAACUUUGUGGGCGGGACCAGCCGCUCCAGAGUUCGUUUGAUGGCCAAUCAGCUGCAGGCAAAGCUGGACGAGGGCUCUGCGACCUGCGUGACCUCUUCGUCUUCUUCUGCUUCCGCUCUACGUCAGCAGCAGGGGGCGCCAUCCAGCCUCCCUCCCUCAGAGUCCGCAGACCCCCCGCAGGCCACGCCUCCUGCGCAGUCGUCGUCAUGGAGACCGAAGAAGCGGACCCUCCAGCAGGAGCAGAUGAGUUUCCGCUUCAGGGAGAGGAUCAAGUCUCAGUGGGCCGCCAGCCGGGACCAGCAGUGUCUUCAGCUGUACACCGGUGGAGUGAGUUCAUUGGCUGAGCAGAUAACCAGCCGUUUUCAGCGUCAGCAGCAGAGUAGCUUGGUCUCUGUGGGAAGCGACGUCUGUUUCUUCUGCAAGCAGAAGGUUUAUGUGAUGGAGCGUCUGAGCGCCGAGGGGCUCUUCUUCCAUCGCAGCUGCUUCCGUUGUGACUCCUGCAGCGCCCCCCUCAGGCUGGUCUCCUACAGCUACGACCAGGACGCCGGAAGGUUUCGCUGCCUGCAGCAUCCCGACUGCCGGCCGGCCGCUCCCAGGAAGAGAGCAACUCCCACGGGAACAUCGGCGCCGUCUCCGUCCUCGGACGCUUCCCUCUCCGGCUCUCUGAGCGAGCGGCGCCGGUCUUCAGCUGCGUCUGUGAUGGCGGCGACGCCAGAGCGGAUCGAGCUGGAGAACCGCAGGAAGGAGGAGGAGGUACCAGAGGAGGUCCAGAACCGGGUCAACCUGAGCCAAGGUGUGCAUGUCAGCUCAGAGGAAGAGGAGGAUGAAGGUCCAGGCUGUGAGGAAGAGGAGGAUGAAGGUCCAGGCUGGUUGACCUCACAGGAGGUCAACGCUUCGAGGUGGGAAACUCUGAGAGAGGAAGAGGAGGAAGAGGAAGGCAGCGCUGAAGACGAGUCCAGCGACGAGGGGGAGUACAGCCCCUGGGAGACGGAGCGCCGCUCAGGUCUGUGGCUCCUGUUAGAGGAGGAAGCAGGUAGAAACCCGACCAGAACCAGAACCAGAACCAGAACUCUCCAGUCUUUAUUGAUGGAGUUUCUGACACGUCUGACUUUUUCCAUUCGACAGGUGGGUCUACCUGAGGACAGGUGGGUCUACCUGAGGACAGGUGAGGUCCAGACCGUGAUCCUGCUCCGUCUGCUUCAGAUGAUCCAGCGGCAGCUGCAGCAGGUGGAGGUGAAGCAGAGAGAGCUGGAGGAGAGAGGAGUGAUGGUGGAGAAAGCUCUGCGAGGAGAAGCAGACUACUGGGAGGACUCCAGCCACGGUCCAGACACGGAGCUUCACCUGGGAGGACUGGGCAAACUGGACAACCUGGUUCUGAUGCAGCAGUGGUUCCGGCUGGUCCAGCAGAAGAACUCUCUGGUCCGAUACGAGUCGGAACUCAUGAUCUUCGCUCGGGAGCUGCAGCUGGAGGACCGACAGAGCCGCCUGCAGCAGGAGCUGAGGGAGCGGAUGGCCGUGGACGAUCACCUGAAGGGCGAAGAGCAGCUGGGCGAGGAGCGGCGGAUCCUGGAGGAGAUGCUGGAGGUGGUGGAGCAGCGCGACGCCCUGGUGGCGCUGCUGGAGGAGCAGCGCCUACUGGACCGCCAGCAGGACCAGAACCUGGAGGUUCUGCUGGCCGGGGCGCUCAGCUGGGCCUGACGGAACCGGACCAGAACCUGGAGGUUCUGCUGGUUCUGGCUAAAGUGUUAGUUUGGACUUCAGUUGGUGUUUCUUCCUCUGGUUCUGGUUCUGGUAACUGACCCAAAAGGUUUUUCUGGACCUGGUUUAAAGCAGAACUUCCUGCAGAAACGUCAUAAUUUGGUUCUGAUUCAGAUUUCAGACGAUCAGAACCAAUAUCAAUAAUCAAUCUGAAGAUCUUUGAUCCGAAUAAUCUGAACAAUAACUGAAAACCGAAUCCACUGGAAUUAUGAAGGAUUGUUAAAAAAUAAAAAUUAAGUUCUUUAACUGGUGAUUAUAAAAUAAAAACCAAUUAAUGAUCAAAUGAACUAAGAAUGAUAAACAUAAAAACUGUGAACCUGCUGGAUCCGUCCUGGUCGGAUUCUAAAACAAAUAAGGAUUUAAACUGGUGAGUAAAAUUUAAACUCAAUUAACAAACAUUGCAAAGGUUUUUUUUAUUCAAAUAAAAAACAUGGAAUUAUAAAUAUAUCAAAACGACUGUAAUGUCAUAAAAUAUAAAGAUCUUGACAAAUGUGGAAAAAAAUAAAGAUUUAUUUAAAUAAAUCUGAAUCCGGUUUUAAACACUAACAGAAUAAUCCCUGGUUAUUGGAAAAAUAAAAUAAUUGAAAAUUAAACUAAAAAUUUAAAUAUGUACAAUGAAUAAAAUGUUACUUUUAAAAUAUUAAAGUAUAAAACCGUUUUAAAAAUGUUAAAAUACAAAACCAUAAGAUAAAAAUGGAUAAAUAAUCCCAGAUUAUUCCAGUUAUUUUGGGAUUAAACUAGAUUAAUAAUCAGUUUCGUCAUGCGUCACCAUGGUAACCCACAGUAUUAUGGGAUGAGCCAGCUGAUGGUCAUGUGACCUGAACUCGGCUUCCUGCAGAACCGGAUUGUUCUGAUCACCGUCUGCCUUAUUUCCUCAGCAGGUCUUGUAACCCUCUGUGAUGUCACUUCCUGUGUUUAAUAAAAACUCUUUUUGGACGGGUUCUUCA